AUGUUGUGCCCUGGGCAUCCGCUUUUGGAGGGCAUCGCAAUCGAUGAAGACGUGGUGGCGGUGGAGGACAAAGAAACGAAGGAGGAAGAGUCGGAGAAGGAAGAGGAGCCGGAGGAAGCGGAAGAAACGGAGGAGGAAGAGGAAGAGUCGGUGACGGAUGAGGAAGAUGCUGCGGCUGAAGGGCAGGUGAUGCUCCAUCGAGUAAGUGAAUACCCUAAAACAAUCUACAAUGUUUUUUGUCGUUCAACCGUUCUGAGUUGGACCGGCGGCGUAGUCGGUCAAAAUUACGUGAUCGAUCCGACACCGGAUACUUGAAAGAUGUUUGUCUUGAUUCGGACCUAGCGCGUUUGGGAAACAAUAUGUGGUUCUAGAAAUUGAUUUGUGAAAUCUUCAUUUUUGCUAAAUGACUUUUGUACUUGACACCUAGUUUAGAACGAAACUUGAAAAACAAAUAUUCACUAUUCUCGCAAUCAAGAAACAUAUUCAGAAACUGAUGUUUCUCGGAGGAGUCAUUAAUGAAAUGACUAACGGGGGCACGUCUACAGCGCGGGAUUGGACAAGCGGAUUCAAAUGUGGAAAAUUGACGACGCCGCCAUCAGAGAGGCGGGAGACGGAGCCGCAAUCACUCUGAAACCCGAAUUCAUGUUUAUAACUUUUCGUAUUGAUCUUAAUGUAUUUUGUUUCGCAAUAGCAGAUAAAAAGCACGCCAGGUUAAAUUUUGUGCGCCAGCAGCAAGAAACCAGCCAACUUGUGCCGUAUUUUUAUUGAUUUCCUCUGUUGAACAAGUGUUCAGCUGAUUUCAUUUCGCUUCUUUAACAUGCCCCGCUUUUUCUCGGCAAUGUCGGAUGCGUUCCGAUCGAUUCGAAGCAGGUUCCGGAAGCGUAAGAAGACUAAUUAUCCGUUCCCAUUGUUGCGUCUCCCGAUUGUUCCGCUCCUACGCUUCCUGGAAAUGAUGACUGGUGUUGAACUGUAAGAAACCAAGUGUUUUAUGUUAAUUUUCUAUUUAUUUUUCAGAUUUAAUCUGUCUCUCACUUCCCUAAACGGAAAAUGUGCUGUGCAGAUGAUGAAAUCUCAAACGUUCAAAAUCACCGUCAAUUUUUCAAAUCUGCUCGAAGUUAAAUUCUACGACCCAACAAAUGAUGAACUUGAAGAUAUUCAUACUGUUCAAAUUGAUACUACUUCGGAGGACAAAAGCCGCGAACAGUGCUCAAAACACCAGAGAAAUCAACUGGUUGAAUUCACCAGAGUCUGUGAUCAUUUUGUGGAUACGUUCCGUACGCCAAUCACAUAUCUGUCCCUUAAUCUGGGAGUCUACGAAGAAGGUGUACGCAUUCUUAUUGAGUGGUUAAUUACUCAAAGAACUGCGCCUGAGUAUAUCAAAGUUUUCGGAUAUCCAACUAGUUACGAACUCCUUCAAUUAAUCAUCGACAACUGCAAACCAGGAAGACUAAUGAUGUACGAAUGUGACUCCGACUUCAAUGAAUUCAACUUGCAAUUGGCAAAGAACAUUUUCUUUUCGAAUCCGUCUCACUGGGUCACGAUGGAAAAAGUGAUACAGAUGAAAUACGCCAUAAUCGCGCUGAGAGACUCAGCCCUGAGCAGUGAGGAUCUGAACGUGUUCAUGCGGCAGUGGCUGGCCGGGAACAACGUAACGCUGGGAUAUCUCAACAUUAAAGGAAAUGAGGAUAUUGUUUAUAAUAUUGAAAUUAUUCUGAAAGGAUUGCCCGUGACUACCCACAACAUCAACGAGAGACGAUUGAUUACAGGGUAAGUUGCACCAAACAAAACAAGCUAUUUCCCACAGAAAACCUGAUUUGAUGUCAACUUUUGCAGCGAACUCUUCGAUAAAGAAAUUGUAACCAAUCUAGUGAUUGGUGGCUACACUGUUCGAAGGGAAGAUGGAGCCACGAUGAUCAUCGAUUUCAACUCGACGGGGACAGGGAUUGAGUUUUUCGUUUUGCCGGUGACCGUUGAUCACAAGUGGUGUAUCCAUUCAGUAGAGAUAUUAAACGACUGA